AUGUCCUCAUCAACAGCAGCUCAACAGUCUGAUAAUGUAGCCCAUGCAUUGAGCGGGGCAGGAGGAGGAAUCCUCUCCAUGGCCCUCACAUACCCCCUCAUCACCCUCUCUACCCGCGCACAAGUCGAAUCCAAGCGCGCCGACUCCGACUUCCUCAACGCCGUCAAGCGCAUCGUACAAAGGGAGGGCAUCACAGGCUUGUAUGCCGGACUAGACUCGGCGCUGUUCGGAAUCAGCGUCACAAACUUCGUCUACUACUACUGGUACGAAUGGACUCGCUCGGGAUUCGAGAAGGCUGCAGUGAAGGCCGGCAGAGCGUCGAAGCGGCUCACGACCGUGGAGUCCAUGAUCGCCGGUGCUAUUGCUGGCUCUGCGACGGUGAUGCUCACGAAUCCAAUCUGGGUCGUCAACACACGCAUGACGACUCGCAAGCAGAAUAAGGAGACGGAUGAGGGUAUUCUACCAGGAUCAGUGGCGCCAAAACAACCUACCACCAUUGGCACGUUGUUGGCACUAUUGAAGGAGGAGGGCCCACUAGCUCUCUUCGCAGGUGUUGCGCCAGCAUUGGUCCUGGUUGUCAACCCUAUCCUACAAUACACGAUCUUCGAGCAGCUGAGGAACAUCAUUGAGAAGAAGAGGAGGAUCACGCCGACGAUUGCCUUCCUGUUGGGUGCGCUGGGCAAGUUGUUUGCUACGAGCAUCACAUACCCAUAUAUUACGGUCAAGAGCCGCAUGCAUGUUGCAGGCCGUGAUGGUGGAAAGGAGAGCAUGAUGCAGGUUCUGCGGAGAAUUAUUGGUGAUGAGGGAUAUUCUGGUCUUUACAAAGGUAUCGGACCAAAGGUAUCGCAAAGUGUCCUCACAGCAGCAUUCUUGUUCGCAUUUAAAGAUGUUCUGUACGAGCAGACCAUCAAGCUACGAAGAAAGAUCCCAGCAAAGAUCUAA